AUGUCUUUCGUAGCAACUUCACAGAGCUUUUGGCUCGAAAACGGCCACAUCCUCCAUGCGCAGUGUCGAGAUACUGAUGGCAGCUGGAAGGAUUCGACUAUAGACUUGAAUCAGUUUAUAGGCAACAGUGACGGAUGGUUCGUUUGGGAUGGUGCCAACUUCUCUCGUUCUGCUCAGAAUAUCUCGCUGGACGGCCCAAUGCUCUCGGCUGAGCUUACCACCCACGAUGGGGGACACCGCGAGCGCCAGGGUCUGAAUCUGAAUGACCGGAUUAGCAAUAACAAUGGCCAGUUGGCGUACAACCGACAGACAUGA